AUGAUCUGAGCGUUUUGGUCAGAUAUUCUUAGUUUCAGCCAGCAACAGGCAAAAUGGAUUACACCCCAGAAGGAGACAGAGCUGAAUGUUCCCUCUGCCUUUAGUAAGGAAAGAGCAGAGAUGAAAUCCGUGGACUGUGUGCACGUCAUCCAACAGAGGGGUAUCUCCUCCUCUCCUCCUACUCUCCCUGGUGCUGGUUUGGGCAGGAAAGGACUCCUCUCGGUCACAUUCCUGUGGCUUGCAACGCUCCUGUCCUCUUCUCUUGCAGCAGUGUGUCUUUACCACGUUCUCACACUUAAAGCAGAACUAGCAACUCUCCGCAGCGAGCUGAUCUACAGAGUCCAGGCAAGAGCUCCGCUACCCCACUCCCAGGAUGAGAGUAAAGAGGGUACUGUAUCCUCUUCUUCCUUGCAGUUAUCAGCAGCUGCUGCCAGGCAGGAAAUCAGGCUGCCUGAUUCUGAGGCAGGUGAAGGUGAUGAAGAGAGAGGCUGGAAUGCAGGCAGAAGCAGAGGGAGAAGGUCUGCUCUGCCCACAGAAGAAAUAAUGCUACAGGCCUGUCUGCAAUUGAUUGCUGAUAGCAAAAGUAACAUCCAACAAAAAGAUGACUCAAGCAUUGUUCCAUGGCUUCUUAGCUUUAAAAGAGGAACAGCUCUGGAAGAGCAAGGAAAUAAAAUAUUGGUCAAAGAAGCAGGUUACUUUUUCAUAUAUGGUCAGGUUUUAUAUACAGAUACAACAUUUGCUAUGGGACAUCUAAUACAAAGGAAAAAGGCUCAUGUAUUUGGUGAUGAUCUCAGUUUGGUGACAUUAUUUCGUUGUAUCCAAAACAUGCCUCAUUCUUAUCCUAAUAAUUCUUGCUAUACUGCUGGCAUUGCAAAAUUAGAAGAAGGGGAUGAACUUCAACUUACAAUACCACGGAGAAGGGCCAAAAUAUCAUUGGAUGGAGAUGGCACUUUUUUUGGUGCAGUUCGACUCCUGUGAUACUCUACAGUUUUGCAUCAUGCUUAUCUCUGUUCUCUUUUUUUGUUUUUAUGUAAUUGAAAAAAAUGGAGAUACAGUUAAGCGGCCCAUUCAGUCUUUUUUUUUCUCUUUUUUUUUUAACCCCCUUUCUUCGGUUUAAUGAGCCAGCCCAAAACAGGAAACCCAGCAGACAUAGUUCUGAUGUGACUGUCAUGUGAAUUACCAGAAAUAUAGGUUAUUUUAGGCAAUAGAGGAAUAAAAAUACCAAUGGCUAUAUAGACAUGUCUUUGAAACAACUUCUUGUCCAUGAGGCAUUACUCAGGGCCUUGAUACUGCAGAGUUUGACCCAAAAUAUCUCACAUGUAAUGAGCACCAUUUUGAUUAGUAAAUCAUUAUCCAGGAGGUACUGAAGUAACAAACAAGUCAAUGUAAACACUGCUCAGAUUCAUAUUAAAUUUCACAAAUAUUUUAUUGUUAAAGCAGUAAAGAAUAAGAAAGAAUCACCAAAGAGUACAACCCUCAACAUACAUAUUAAUGUACAGUAUAUGAGAAAUUGCUAAAUAAUCUGCAGGCAAAGAU